AUGGGAAAUAAACGUUGGGUAUCAGAUGAAAAAACUGGUAAAGCCUACACAUUUUCAAGUAAUUAUGGCGUAGUAAUAUUUGAUACAAUUAAUUUGAAAUGGAUAAAUAGUACUUUAAAUCAACAAGAAUUUCUUACAAAUAAAUUUACUUUGUCCACUGAUUUUGCCCAAGUUAUGUUGCCAAAUGGUAAAAUUCUUUAUGUUGGUGGAACAGUUGACGAAGUAAAACAAUCAAUGAGUAAGAUAUUAACUUAUGAUAGCGUAACUGAUACAUGGACAGUGACGCACACAGCUGUUUCAACUUCAGAUGGACGUGUCAUAUUAUACGGUGGAAUAUCGAAUUCGAUACCAGCCUUACCACAAUUGGCAACCUUGGAUACCUCAAAAACACCAUAUGAGUGGUCAACACCUACAGAAGAGAAUCAAAUUGGAUCUUUUAGCGAACAUACAGCGAUCAUGGUUAACAAUUAUAUGAUUUUCGCAUUUGAUGUAUCAGAUCCAUUAAAUUAUAAAUGGUCGUUAUUGUCUAACUUUGAAGGAUCAAAAAUAAAACCAACAACAACGUUUGAUAACACAUCUACGCCCAUUCAAACGGAUGUAUCAGUUGGUGGAAGUUCGAUCUUUAAGAAUAUUGGAUUGAAAGCACGUUGA